GGCAGUUCAACACCUGAGAAAUCUUCAGUAACAGUCAGAUUCGCCAAAGGACGUGUCUUAUCUCUUUAGAAUCCGCCUUAUAUUUACACCUACCGUAUUUCUUCAGACGGUUGAUACGGAGAAGUCUCGCGCUGACCCCUGCACAUGAUAUCUCCACCGGGACGCAGCCGUGCUCGGUGUGUUUGGAGAGUUUUCAGUGGAGCGGAUGAGCGCUUCCGCUUUUCCUGCAGCCGUGCUGUCACUACGGGAGGAUGAACAACCAGAAAUGUAGCACCUUAUAUCAGAAACCAGGAGGACGGACGAGGAUUAUACAAUGCAUCUACGUGGUGGGCUUCAUGGAUUUGUUUGGGGUGAGCAUGAUCAUCCCGCUGCUCAGCCAUCAUGUGAAAGCUCUUGGAGCAAGUCCCACUGUGGCUGGUGUUGUAGGAUCUACAUAUGGGAUCUUGCAGCUCUUCUCAAGCACAAUAGUUGGUAGCUGGAGUGAUGUGGUGGGGCGGAGGUACUCCCUGCUGACCUGCCUGCUGCUUAGCGCUCUGGGUUAUGGUCUGCUGGGGAUGUCCAGCAGCAUCGCUCUGUUCGUCCUGGCACGGAUCCCUGUGGGGCUGUUCAAGCACUCCCUGUCCAUCUGCAGAGCGCUGCUGUCGGACCUGGUCUCUGAGGCAGAGCGCCCCCUGGUGAUGGGACACUUCAACGCAGCCUCCAGCGUGGGCUUCAUCCUCGGCCCUGUGGUGGGGGGGUAUCUGACGGAGCAUGAGGGCGGAUUCUACACCUCCUCCUUCACCUGUGCAGUCAUCUUCCUGGCUAACGCAGGGCUUGUAUUGAUGCUCCCAUGGAGCGAGACGCUAAUUCACCGUAAAGACACCAACUCCAACAACUCCAACAAUGACACAAGCAUAGGUUGUCAUGACAGCAACUGCAGGAAGUCAGUGCACAAUGGCUCUCAUGCAACUAGUCACCGCCCAGUGUCACCAGCAGAGACUGAGCCGGGCUCCAGAGCUGCUCCCCGCUGGAGGGAGGUGUCUCUGCUGCAGCCGGCCUGGAGACAGCUGUCCUCGGUGGGCUCUAAGAUUCACACGGUGGCCUCCUCCGACAUGUGGGACCUCUUCCUGGUGCGCCUUCUGAUGGCUAUAGCUAUCAUGCUGUACUACAGUAACUUCUCCCUGGCCAUGGAGGAGCGUUUCUCCCUCACACCGAAGGUGACGGGCUACCUGAUCAGCUACAGCAGCACCCUGGGGGCCCUGGCUGGGUUUCUGGUGGGGCCCGUCACGCAGCUGUAUGGGAACAACAUGGCCGCUCUGCUGCUGCACUCCACGCUCCUCACCUGCUUGCUCAUCUUCCUCUACGCCGCGGCCCCCAGCGUGGCGCAGGUGCUGGUCAGCUCCACUUUCUUUGCCAUCUCCACCUCUAUCGGACGGACGUGCAUCACGGACCUGGAGCUGCAGAGAGGGGGGGUGCAGGCCAGCGGGACUCUGAUCGGGGCGGGGCAGUCGGUGACAGCAGUGGGUCGGGUCCUGGCCCCCCUCCUCUCAGGUCUGGCUCAGGAGUUCAGCCCCUGUGGCCCCCCCAGUCUGGGAGUGCUGUUAGCGCUGGCAGCUGUAGGUCUGCUGCUCGUCAGGAUCCCCAAAUGGGACGGCAGGGGGAGGACGAAGAAGAACCAAAACGCUGAGUAACUGACUUUAAAAAUGAUGGAAAUGAGUGCAAAUCUACCACUCAGAGAAGUGCUCUUAUUUUGAGGCCAGCUGUGAAGAUGAAGACUCAUAGUGGGGACGUUAUUUCCUGCUCAAAGGCAAUAUCUGUUGAUAUGGCGACUCAACAGGGUCAAAAUGGCUCCUCAGCACCAGCACUGCAGCCGUUCUCUCAGGGAGGACGGAUUCAAAACUCAAGCGCAGGACCAAGAAGUUAAAUCUGCUCCUGUGCUGAAGUUUGAUCGCACAGAAGCAUUGUGUCGGCACAUAACACUAAACAACUCGUUUUUAAAUUCUCAAACCACUAUAUUGUCCAAAGUCCCGGAAGUUACUGUAAAGUUGCUGAUUAUUCACUGCAAUUCAAAUAACUGAAAUAUUAGGAUGUAUUAUUAAAAUGCCUUUCUUUAGUGUUACGAACAUUAACGGUGUUCAAGUAGAAUCCUAAAAAUACAAUUGUGAAGCCAAAAACAUGUCCCCUUUAAGACGAAGGUGACCCUCCCUUCAGAUUCAGACAGUAAUGCAUUAACAUUCCUUAAUAAGGUGAACCUGUAGCUGAAACUGGGCUGCCAUCCUGCCCCGAGGUAGAUCACACUGUUGUAGGUUAGCACGAACCAAGAUGGCAAUAAAUAUACACUCUUUACCUCAAUGCCAGGUGUUUCUCAACAUUGCACUGCAUUUAAAACGGUUAUUAAAGUGGUAUAGGAGCAAAUGUUUUUUCUAGUUUCUAAUCACAUUGUUUUAUUUGUUCCAUCUCAGGAUGGUAAAUGAGAUUUGAAGAUAUUAUUGAUAGUCAUUUUAAAGUGAAAUUUUAACUGUAUACUGAUCACCACUGUUUUUUUUUAACAAAACAACCACUGGCUAAGAAGGAAAAUUGUCUUAAUUUGUGUAAAGUUGUCAGUGAAUCCAGGAAAUACUAUUCAGAUUCAGGCCCAAAACAACAAAUAAACAACACUUUGU